CUUGCGCACUUCGGCUCCCCAUUUUAUUUCGAUUUCAAUUUAUGUAAAGUUGUGGGGGAAGGUUAAAUGGCGUCUUAUUUUGCUACCUACGCUAUUUAUGUGCUGUAUUUUUAGAUAGUUUCUCAUAUCUGCAAUGAGUUGCGAGAUAUUUCUAAAUUUUUUUUUAUCUCGAAGGCGUAGUGGCUUGAUUUGUAUUUUGUACCAUUUGGGAGCGUAUGGUGAGGGCUGAGGGUUUGUUUAUUUUGAAAUACCACCCCCCACCUAUCUGCAUUAUUACCCUUUUAAUAAAUUGGAACGGUCGACAAGCUACCUACUUAUCGCACUUUGUGGCGAGUUAUCGUUGAUUAUCACUGGUCCAAAUUCUCAGAUAAGUAUGCUUAAACAAGGUAAAUGGCGUAAACAAGCUUUUUUAAGUUGCAUCAGUUGAAAACUUGUGCAUAACCAAUGGUUUAAAAAACGUGCUUCGUUCGGUAGGAUCAUGUGGGGGGGGUCACAUACAAUAUGUAUUGACAAGAUAAGAUGGAGAGCACGAUGUCUGCGAGCAUAUUUUCGCAUCUGUACCGCAAAUAUGCCGCACAGUCGCCGCGAUUGUUAUUGUACAAAAACCGUGAUGUUGCAGUCAGAAAGAAAUUAAGUGGUAAUCGCUAAUAUGCAGACGGCCUUUUACUCGUACUUUGCAAAUAUGCGACCUUGAUAUCAGUGCAUGCCGAACACUGUUGCCAGGCUCGAUGGAAAGUAAUUUUGAUUACCGCGUCGAAUACCUUUACAAUUCGGUCUUGCACAAAAAUAGGUAAUGGCAUUUUACAUACAUUGUCCACAGUUGCGGCGACCGACGUCGACGGUACAAAUUCAUUACAGGUGCGGCCGAAACUAAACAAAUUUACCUAAUUUUGCAAGGCAGCACACCUGGGAAGAGUUCACUAGUACAUUAAAUAUUUAUUGUGCAUUUAUUUUUCAAUCGGUCACCUGUCUGUAGGACGCUCUCAUUCUAAAAUCAAUCAAUAAAGUUACGGCCUUGGACAAGUUCAUGUGAAAACAUCACGUUUUCAAUCCCUUUCUACGGAGCGAAGUAAAGAAGUUGGUAGUUUUCAUUUUGUGUUUUAUACCUACCCCAGAUCUACAAUGUUGGAUAUUCGCAAAUUUCCCUUUCACCUUAAUUGUCUAUUUAGGUACAAUGUGGCAGGGAAGAAGCGUGCAUGUGUACUUAUGUGGAAUGUAAUGUAAUAAACGAUAAAUAAUUGUUUGUUAUCAUUAUUUUUUGCUUUUGCCGUUUCUCUGAUGUUUACGAAAAUUAGACAGAGUUGGACGCAAGGGCCACGGAAUCGUGCGUGGAGUUUUCUUUUUCUGGAACGAUUCCGAUAUAUUGGGAAAAAAACAAUCCCAAAAAUGUACGGGCGAAAAGGUAACCAAUGUAGCGAAAACGUGCAGGUAGAUACUUCCAGAAAUCACCGGUCUGAGCGUAAGUUCACGGAAAUCUCUAGCUUUUUCCUGGGAAUUUAACUGAUUUCGCGGAAUUCACUGCUAUGCGGAUUUUUUAAUUUCUGGAAAAUCAUUUGAUAUUUUCUCGCUCGUAUCGUAUCAUCUGUACUGUACAUACGUACAAAUGUACAUACAAUUUAAACCCGCAUUGUGGUGUUGCAAGUUAAACGCUGUGGUUUAGGUAAGUAAUGUAUUUGCAGAUAUUCCGAAGCGUGUCCUAACUACAGUGGCGACAACAGGGUAUCUCGUUUUUGAUUGGUCGUUGGUUCCCGUCGCCAUAUUGGAGCUAAAUUCCAAACUGGCCAAUAGAAAGCCUCCAAAACGACGGGGUGCACGCCGUGCUAUAUUUAUUAUUUAUACUGUUUUGACAGUGUCACCUGUGAUUGUCACGGCUUCACGUUACUAGUUUACACUUCUUGUAUUUGCUUUAUUUUACGUUUUCCGUCUCCAGUUUUAUAUAAACUCGAUUUUUAAAAACUUAUAUAGCCGAGCAUAUAGCUUGGAUAUACGAUAUUGUAAGGUAUGUAAUUCGCUUGAAGUGUUUUUAGAAAUGUAAAACUGUGCCUAACCUUACGACUGGUAAUUGUUGUAAAAAAAGUUUUCAGAAGCCUAAUGACUGAGUUUAGAUAGAGAAGCAGCUUAUCCGAAAUUUAGCAGCGAAUUCAAUUAUGGUUAUGGAUAACGUAAUUGUAAUCAUAAAUACGCUUGAAUUGGUUUAAUAGACACUUAGGACAAGCACUGUGUAAACGUGUGCGUAUUACGUAAACGUUACUUUGUCACGGAUACGUAUACGUAUGCUGUGAGUUAAGGUUGCUUUAGUUAGGACUGUGUUUUUCUAAGGUAGCGUAUCUGACGUUUAGAAUAUUCGGUUACUCUGAUGUCAACAUUUUUAAGAAUCGAAAAUGGGUAAAUUUAAAGACGCUGCUUGGAAAAAGUUAUGUUUAGCUGGAGUAAUAACAACUGAAGACUAUUGGAAAAUAUGUAAAAAACGAACAUUGCACUAUAGCAGAAUUUGCUCCUACAGUCGAAAAAAAUUUGAUUUAUCAAAAUAUUCAGAUGACGAUGCAAAAAAUUUGUUUCGAUUUACACAUUUUCAAAUUUAUACACUGGUAAAUUUACUGCGGAUCCCACAAAAUUUCACUGUUCAUAGAAGUCGAUGUACUGGAAUAGAAGGCUUAUGUAUAUUACUUCGCCGCUUAAGCUAUCCAAAUAGAUUAUGUGAUCUUGUGAACAUCUUUCAUAGAGAUCCGUCUACAAUUUCACGAAUUUUCAAUUACAUGGUAAAAUUUGUUUAUUUUAGAAACAAACACCGUGUUCAGUCCUUAAAUCAAUGCUGGAUACUUAAUAGAUUGGAAGAAUUUGCGCAGUGUUGCGUAGCAGCUGGGUCAAUGUAUCCAAACAUUAUUGGAUUUAUUGAUGGCACUGCGAGAGCCAUAUGCAGGCCAAAAUACAAACAGAGAGAUUUCUAUAGUGGCUACAAAAAGCAACAUAUGCUGAAGUACCAAAGCAUUGUAUUUCCCAAUGGGUUAAUUGGUAGGCUUGAUGGCCCAUUUAUUGGAAGAAGACAUGAUGCAGCUAUUCUUAAUUUAAGUGAUAUAAGGCUAGAAAUGGCAAAUGUAUUCUCUACACCUACCACAAACUAUGCCUUGUACGGUGACCCUGGUUAUUCCAAUUCCCAGUACAUUAAAGUUGGCUAUAAAAAUCAUCACAGUCUCACUGAAAGGCAGAAAUUAUUCAACAAAACUAUGUCUGCUUUACGUGUGAGUGUUGAAUAUGGUUUUGGGAAAAUUGUGCAGUUAUUUGCCUUUGUGGACUUCAAAAAAAAUCAGAAAGUUUAUUUACAACACUUAAAAUUUCAAUAUUAUGUAGCAGCGUUUUUAGUAAAUUGUUAUAUUUGCAUGAGUGGAUGUCAAAUCUCAGAUUAUUUUGCUUGUUUACCACCUAGUAUCCAAGAAUAUUUACAAUAA